UCACGCCAUCGCCGCAAUCUUUCCAGCACAUUCUGUGAUUACUACCUCCUAUAAAUACCCUCGCCGGCUCCUUUCCGCAAUCGCUUAACUCUAAUCAGUCGCUAGAAUUCCGCACCAGGGGCACUGCACGCCGUCGCCAUGGACCGCCGAGCGAGCGAUGUCGGCGCCGAUACGCCGUCCCACCAGGCGCAGUACCAUCGUCUGCAGCCGUCGCCGAGCUCCCGGCAGAGUGAGCCCAGCGCCGCCUUCGAUCCGUCCAGAUAUUUCCACCGUAAUCACACGGUCGAAGUGUUGCCACGCCAACCGGCCGACCUGCCGCAUGAACGGCCCAACUCGGAGCUUUUCCGCACACUCACGUCCAGUCAACUGCUCAAUGUCCGCCAGCGGCUUCUGGACGACGAUGUGAGUGACGCCCCCACACGCGCCGAGCUGUUGACGCGUCAACGUACAGGUAGUUCGCCCGCUCCCGUGGCCAAUCAGGGCUACUUCCGCAUGUUCUACCGCAAUUUGCCGCGUACUUUGCGAUUCCGACAGAACACACGCUCCACUACACGCUACAUCGACCCAGCCAAUGCCGCGUCGCUUAGAUCGCGAGUACGUGCGCGUAAGAAGGAGGAACAGGCUCGAAAUGAGGGCUUAGCGGACCAGGGAUCGCCAGUGCCGACGUCGAGAGAUAUGACCGACUUUGAACGGGAGAUGGCCAACAUCCAGGGAGGAACGCAGACUGGUACAGACGCUUCUAGUGCCAAGACUGGCUCAGCUGGAGGCCACACCAUGACUCCUAAGAACAGCCACAAACUACUGGGUAGAAUGAGUAGUUUAAUGUCCACGGACUCGCAGGGGGUGCCAGUGGGACAGCGUAAACAGUACAAGAUCAUUAAGAUCAACGACGGCAACAACGCGCCGAAGCGAGAGCCUGUAGCACCGACUGGAGACGGAGAUGACGGCGCAGUAGAGGAAGGCGAAGAGUUCUUCGUGUCCAACGAGGUCAAGACGUCGCAGUACACUUGGUGGAGCUUCGUGCCCGUGUUUCUCUAUCUCACGUUCCAGAAGACCGCCAACCUGUACUUCCUGCUCAUCGGAAUCUUCCAGAUCAUCCCGUCGGUCUCUCCGACGGACGGAGUGCCGCUACAGUUCAUUCCUCUCGCUAUCGUGAUCAUCAUUGACGCCAUCUUCGCUGGCUACGAAGACUAUAAGCGACACAUGGCUGACGAUCUCGCCAACUCGGCCAAGACACGAGUAUUCAACCGCCAACUACGGGAGUUCGAAGAGGUGGAAUGGCGCGAGAUUAAAGUCGGAGACUUCAUCAAAGUGGCCAACCACGAGAUCUUGCCAGCAGAUAUCAUGAUUAUGGCUGUGAUCCCUGCAGAAGGAGCGCGUUCGGGCGGUAACAUGGGUCUGUGCUACGUCGAGACGAAGAAUCUGGAUGGAGAGACCAAUCUCAAGCUCCGUGAGGCUCCGUCGCCUACUCGGAAUAUGUUCAUGAACGAGGAAGAAGCGGGAUAUAUUGUCCAGGGAUACGUCGAGAGUGAGCUGCCCAAUGGCGAUAUCAACACGUACUCGGGUACCAUGUAUCUGGAGGAGAACCCUAAUGGAGGGAAUGCUGAGGGUGUCCCGCUUACGUUGAAGAACAUGCUGCUUCGUGGCAGUAAACUGCGUAACACCAGCUACGUGUAUGGAUUGGUGGUGAAUACCGGUGUGGAUACCAAAAUUAUGAUGAGCUCCGGUGACGAGUUCCCCGUGAAGGUGUCGUCUAUCGACGAGAUGACCAACAGACAAGUGAUCGUCGUGGUCGUUAUCCUGGUACUUAUGUCGCUUAUUGGCGCUAUUGGAGACCGGAUUUGGAUGAACGACCUGCAAAUCCCGCCGUAUUUACACUUGGAAGACUGGGACGACACGUUGAUUGAGACGUUCGUCUACUUCUUCACGACACUCGCGUCCAUGGUGCCGAUCACGCUCUAUGUUUCGAUCACGCUCGUUAAGGCUCUGCAAGGGUAUUUCAUGGAACGCGAUCUGGAUAUGUACGACGAAGAGAGUGGCACUCCCAUGAAAGUUCGCAACAUGCAGCUGAAUGAGCAACUCGGUCAGAUCUCGCACAUUUUCUCGGACAAGACGGGCACUUUAACUUGUAACAAGAUGGAGUUCCGGAAGUGUAGUGUUGGAGGUAGAAGUUACGGCAAAGGCACGACCGCUAUUGGUCUAGCUGCUCGAAUGCGUCACGACUUUAAGGGCGACCGCACGGUCGAGGAAGAAUCCGCAGACGAGAACGACAUUCCUCUACUGGACGCUCGCGCGCAGAUGCCUGCUCCUAACGUGAACUUCAAGGACAAGACCAUGUGGCGCGACAUGCAGAACAAGGACGAUCCUCAAAGCGGCAAGAUCGAAGAGUUUAUGACGCUGCUGGCUUUGUGUCACGGAGUCCUUAUCGAGCGUCUUGAUCCCACGGAAGACGACGCGAGUCCUCCCGUCCACUACUCGGCUUCGUCUCCAGAUGAAUUGGCGUUGGUCUGUGGUGCCAAGUUCUUUGGCUAUGAAUUCAUUGACCGUGAACCUGGUAGCGUCUCGAUCAAGAAACCCGACGGUGUCGUGGACCAGUAUGACAUCCUGGAGGUGUUCGAGUUCGACUCGAACCGUAAGCGUAUGUCCGUUAUUGUACAGCGCCGUAAACGUGACGACGAGCUCCGUUUGAUGUCGGAGAGUGAAGAAGACGACGUGCUGCUUCUGACCAAGGGAGCUGACAGUAUGCUAUUCCCUCGUCUAGCUCCAAUGUCAGAAAACAACCUGCAAAUCCGUGAAUCAACUGAAAAACACCUGGAAGCUUUCGCUCAAGAUGGACUACGUACUCUGGUUGUCUGUGCGAAGAAGAUCAGCCCUCAAGUCUGGGAGCAGUUCUACGCGCAGUACCGUCACGUGUCUGCUGACUUGAGUGAAGUGGAGGCCAAGUCACGUGGCGAACCCAACGCUAUCGAUAACCUUCAAGAUCAAAUGGAGUCGAACCUGGAGCUUCUCGGUGCUACGGCUAUCGAGGAUCGUCUACAAGACGGUGUUCCGGAGUCCAUGGAGGCUCUAGCGAAGGCUGGAAUCUGCAUCUGGGUGCUGACUGGAGACAUGGAGGAGACGGCGAUCAACAUCGGCUAUGCUUGUCGCUUGCUGAACAACGACAUGGAGCGACACGUGAUCAAUGCGGCCAAGUACCGCACCAAGGGCUCUAUCCUACGCAAGCUCGACAAGAUCUUCCACUCAAUCCACGACGCUGUCCCUGACGCUUCCAUCACCUCAACUGUCGCUGCGCAUUCGGUGCUGUCGCCCCCGUCGGGUCAAGUUGAACACGCUCUGGUUAUCGAUGGUGCGUCACUGAGUAAGAUCCUUGAAGACCCGCUGCACAACUUGCAUCUUCUACGUGUAUCGCUGCUGUGUAAAGUCGUGGUCGCUUGUCGUGUGUCUCCUCAACAGAAGGCGCAACUGGUUGAGUUGGUCAAGUUAAACGUCCCCGAGUCUCACACGCUCUCCAUUGGAGAUGGCGCUAACGACGUCCCGAUGAUCCAGAGCGCUCACAUUGGCGUCGGUAUCAGUGGACAAGAAGGUCUGCAAGCAGUCAACAGCUCGGACUACGCGUUGGCUCAAUUCCGGUUCCUCACCAACUUGAUUUUGGUCCACGGUCGCUGGAAUUACAACCGCGUGGCUGCGUUGGUUGUGUACACUUUUUACAAGAACAUUGUGUACAAUGUGUCCAUGUUCUGGUACACUUUGUGGCCUACCGCAUAUUCCGGCACGAUGAUUUACUCGGCUUUGAUCCAGCAGGCCUACAAUCUCAUCUUCACUGCUCUUCCGAUCGUCAUUUUCUCGGCGUACGACAAGGACCUGCCUAAGAAGACAGUACUGGAGUUCCCAGCGCUAUAUCAUGCAGAGAUGCGCAAGACUAGCUUCUUCUCGCACAAAAUGUUCUGGAAGUGGAUCUUUCUCGGGAUUAUCGACUCGGUGGGCAUUUACUAUGCGAUCUUGGCUGCUGGGUGGAACAUUGAGCGUGGAGGCAACACGAUCGAGUGUCUAUCGAUGCAGACGCUGGGGUGGACCAUUUUGUGCAUCGUCGUGAACGCUCGUUUCUGUUUGAUGGUCAAUUCGUGGGAUGUUCUCGAAAUCACCAGUAUGGUGUUCACAGUCGUCAUGCUGUAUCUAUGCCAGUACGUUAUCGACCAGAUCGAUUGGUCCUACGACACCGAUUCGUUGCCCUGGCAGUUCGGUCGUGAGCAGUUCUGGCUCGGUCAAGUGUUCGCUGUCGUGGCGAUUCUAAUGAAGGAUUUCCUGUACGAGGGAUGUCGCCGUCGCUUUGUUCCGGAAUAUCUGGAUCUGGUCAAGGAAUCGCAGGAAGAGAAAUCCUCCAUCUCACAUGAAGAACUGCAGGAGUUUAAACCACCUCAAGUCAACUAUCUCAACCCGGAACUGGCCGGUAUGAUCGACUACCAAGACCGUCGGGUACAUGAGAGUAACCCCGUUCCAUUCACAGCGCCAGGUCGCUCCAAACUGUACACGGGCUUUGCAUUCGACCAGCCUGCCAACAUCGUCAACUGGAUCUUGACCGGAACACACAACAACGGCGGCCAGAACUGCCGCAAGAGUAUCAACACGGACGUCCGUAACUACAUCCUCAGCUCGGACGACCCCGUAUUCUUCGAGAACCAACGCUACCAGCCGUUCUGCGGUUACGGCAGCUCUUUCCCUGGUUACCUGUUGCCUACAGAUCGCAAGCGUUGGAGCGAUCGAUCAGGCAAGAUCAGCGCUCAGGCCAUCCCUCUGGCUGGUCUGGAGCUCAAUCUGGACGUGCCUGGAUGUGACGCUGAAGGGUGGGUGUACGAGAACGACUUUGCCUUCUUCCCGUCGACGCCUCCGAACGAGAAUGACGAGGAAGAGGAGGAUCUGGAUCUCAGAGUCAGCGACGCUAGGAGCAGCAAUGGCACGUUCCUGUCCUCUCGAAGGAAGAACAAAAAGAAAAAAGCCAAGAAACCGCGACCGCAUCACGGUUUUGUACGACGUCGCGAGUGGAAACUUUCCGAGGAGUACAAGGCACAAGAAGCUGCUCGAGCGGAAGAAGCAGUACGGCGUAACCGUGAGUCGAAUCUCAGCAACAUUUCGGCGGUGCAGAUCGACGAUGACUCGAGACAAUCCACUCAGUCUACAUGAUGAAAUAGCCAUGUUUUGUUGCUGGGAGCACCUUAAUGCCCACAUCUACAUACUCUAAUAAAGAAACAAGAUUUUUGACAUUGUACAGUCUGCGCUAACUAUAAACAUCUCAUCUUUUACAGUAAGCGUGACACUAAACGUCAGCGCUACAGUGAAGCCACUUCAAUGUUAGCGCAUCACGAAGGAGAAAAGAGGGUAUCAAUCUGAAGUGCUGUCAUUGCAUUGGUACAAAGGUUUAGAAACAAAGCGGGGUGGUUGAUUACUCGACAAACUUCUUGAAAGACUCCUUCUCGGCCAGUUCGGCGUCGCUGGCGAUAGCGUUGAGCACGACCGCAAGCUGCCCCUCGCGUUCCUGGAUCAUAUCGGGGUUGUGCUUGCCGCGCAGCUUGGCGCCCAAACCAGAGCUGGGCAGUGCCGGCAGGUUCUUGGGGUUGCCGAGUGCCACGACGAGCGCCUUGAACUCGCUGAAGCGCUUCUUGAAGGCGACGUUGCCCUCAGCGGACUCCACGACGUAGAAGACCACGCCAGCCUCGUCGAUCUCGUGGCCCGUGAUCUUGUACAGCUCCUUGGCGGGCUCGUCAGACGUCUCAGCCUCAGGCUCAGCCGGGGUCACGGUCUCUUCGGUCUCUUCGGUCUCCUCGGCCUUAGGCUCUUCGACCUUGGGCUCCUCAACAGCAACGGGCUCGGCCUCAGGCGGGUUGGUGGCGGCCACGUCUUCAGUCUUGGAUUGUGCGCAGCCCAUUGUAGUGGCGGUUGAUAGAUAAGGAAGGAAGUCGAAGUGAAGACUUGGGCAGAUCGAAGCAAGUUCGAUAGUGGACGAGGUCGAACACACAGACAGUCGAGAACCGUCGGGAGAGGCGAACGGAGAGGAGCAAUCGCAGCUGGAUGAUUGGGCGGUGCCUCUACGUUCGAGAAACAUGCUGGGCAUAUCGACGCUGUUACUUACGAGCGACGGCGUGCGGCUGGCCCAGUCCCGCGUCAAAGAUACGACGCUGUAAGGCGCUUUUGCCAGCGCAACGUGGGUGAGCGAUCAACACCAUCAUUUCGGGCAGGCAACAGCCACAGCGAGGUUGUUGCGUCUUCAAGGCCUAAGAUAUGCUCAGGCUCGCAAAAAGCGACUUAUGGCGAUGGGACGAAUGCGAUACGGCGUCCAGCUGCUGGCGUUACCCAAGGUCACUGCUGUCAGGGAGAAAGAGCCAUAACGGCUGCGUUUCUCUAUGCUGGAACAUUGUCAAGCGCUGUCGCUAAAGCCGGGUGCAGGCUGGAAAAUAUUGGAAUGAUUAGUUAUCAAAGGUAGUUUAGUUUUGCUUUCAAUUUGCCAAUGGUGACAUCAUCCAAUUUGAUAAAUUAUUCGAGGCAAUAUGUUAUCACCA